AUGGCAGCCGUCGCCCCCGUCGUCUCCGACCUCGUCGACUUCCUCAACGCGUCGCCCACCGCCUUUCACGCAGUUGACGAGGCGAAGCGGCGGCUGAAGGCGGCGGGGUUCGUGCAGCUCUCGGAGCGGGAGGAGUGGGCGGGGCUCGAGCCCGGGCGCAAGUACUUCUUCACACGCAACCACUCCACCAUCAUCGCAUUCGCCAUCGGCGCAAAAUACGUUGCUGGCAAUGGGUUUCACAUCAUUGGUGCGCACACCGACAGCCCUUGCCUCAAGCUCAAGCCCGUCUCCAAGGUAACCAAAGGAGGUUACCUUGAGGUUGGGGUUCAAACGUAUGGUGGUGGAUUGUGGUACACAUGGUUCGACCGUGAUCUUACUGUUGCUGGUAGGGUGAUUAUAAGGGAGAAGAAGGAUGGCGAGGUCUCUUAUGCACACAAGCUUGUACGGGUACAAGAACCAAUUAUGAGGAUACCUACUUUGGCUAUUCACCUAGACAGGACUCUCAACUCAGAAGGUCUCAAGGUUAACAAUCAGAGUCAUCUUGUUCCAGUGCUGGCUACAUGUAUCAAGAAUGAAAUGCAGAAAUUUGUAGCAGAAAAUGGCCCAAAGCAGGCAUCCGAGAAUGUGAACACAAAGCAUCAUCCAUUACUAUUGCAGUUGAUUGCUAAAGAGGCUAACUGUGAGCCUGAUAAGAUAUGUGACUUUGAACUACAACUAUGUGAUACUCAACCAAGUGCUGUAGCAGGUGCCAUGAAAGAGUUCAUCUUUUCAGGAAGGCUUGACAAUCUUUGCAUGUCAUUUUGUUCAUUGAAGGCCCUAAUUGACUCCAGUUCUGUUGAACACUCUCUUGACCAUGAAUCUGGUGUGCGAAUGGUAGCUCUAUUUGACCAUGAAGAAGUUGGGUCUGAUUCUGCUCAGGGAGCUGGUUCCCCUGCCAUGUUGGAUGCUUUAUCAAGAAUCACUGGGUCUUUUAACUCUUCAAAUUCCAAGUUGCUAGAAAAAGCUAUACAGAGGAGCUUUCUGGUGUCUGCUGACAUGGCACAUGCUUUACACCCCAAUUAUAUGGACAAGCAUGAGGAGAACCACCAACCAAAAUUGCAUGGAGGACUUGUAAUCAAGCAUAACGCUAAUCAACGAUAUGCUACAAAUGCUGUGACAGCAUUUAUUUUCCGAGAAAUUGCUGAGAGACACCAACUACCUAUACAGGAUUUUGUUGUUCGCAAUGACAUGGCUUGUGGUUCAACAAUUGGCCCAAUACUUGCUAGUGGUGUUGGUAUUCGCACUGUUGAUAUUGGAGCACCCCAAUUAUCAAUGCACAGCAUCAGAGAAAUGUGUGCCGUUGACGAUAUUAGCCACGCAUAUGAGCAUUUCAAGGCAUAUUAUGCAGAAUUUACUGAAUUGGAUAGCAAGGUCAAGGUGGAUUACUAA